AUGGCCGGAGACUUCAAUGCUAUACGAAACAACAGUGAGAGAAGUGGAGUUUCUUUUAGACAAAUUGAGAUUGCAGUUUUCAAUAUGUUCAUAGAAGAGUGUACCAUUAGCAGGGAGGAAAUUCACUUGGAAAGUUGCACUGAGAUUAUAAAGAAGACUUUACAGCUUGAUCAGACAGAUGAUGAAGAGUUAAGUGUAAAACUAAGAAGAGUGAAAGGAGCAUUACAAAAAUGGAACAAGGAAUGUUAUUGGAACGUUGAUAUUGAAGCAAAAAAAAUAGAGCAGAGGAUAAAUGAGCUAGACAGAAAAGCUGAAUUAAAUGGACUAGAUGAUCGAGAAAGGGAAGAGGUAGCAAGCUGCACAAGGAAGUUAUGGGAUUUAUUGAGAGAAAAGGAGGAUAUAUGGCGUCAAAAAUCAAGAUUGAAAUGGCUGAAACUCGGAGAUGAAAAUUCUGCUUUUUUUCAUAGAGCAGUUAAGAUUCGGAGUAAAAAAAUGAUUUUAGGGGUUAAUUUGGGGGAGGACAACGAGGUUGAUCCAUCAAGGCUGAGAGCAAAAGUAUUCAAUUUUUUCAGCAACCAUUUUAGAUGCAAGAAGGAAGAGUGUCAUACGGAGCUUAAUCUUCCUUUCAAGCAAGUAUCAUCGGUGGAUGUUGAAGUGAUGGAAUCACCAUUUUCUAUAAACAUAUUAAAUACUUUUUUAUAA